AUGGCAAAUGAAGCUGCCUUUGAUUUGUUUUGUGAUGAUUUUUACUUCUCAUUACUUUUUGACGAAAUCCAAAAUGUCGAAAACUUUUCAAUAUCAGAUGACAAAUAUGCUGAACAACUCCAGGAUCAAGAAAUAAUAAUGAGUUCAACAAUUUUCAAUCAAAACUCGACCAAUUCCCCUGCAGAGGAGAGUAGUGUAGAUCAACCUGAAAUCGGCGAAUCAUCGUUAAGUUUCUGCGAGAUUUGUGCAGAGAGAAAAGAAAUUGAUGAAAUGUUCACAAUUGAAUCUUGCAGCCACGUUUUUUGUACUGAUUGUAUUAACAAGCACGUCUCAAUAAAAAUCCAGGACAAAAUUCAUGUUGUGACAUGUCCUGGUGUAGCUUGCAGGGGAAUUCUCGAUUUCGGAACGUGCAUUUCGAUUAUACCUAAAGAUGUACGUAAUAGUUGGGACGAAUUGUUGUGUGAAUCACUUAUUCUUGCCUCGCAGAAAUUCUACUGUCCAUAUAAAGAUUGUUCGGCAAUGCUAGUGAACGAUUCGGAUGAUAUAGUUAGGGAAUCUGAGUGUCCUGUUUGCCGGAGAUUGUUCUGCGCACAAUGUUAUGUACCGUGGCAUUGUGGAGUUCAAUGCGAAGAGUUUCGGAAAAUGAAUGUGGAUGAAAGAAGCAGAGAAGAUUUAAUGGUGAAGGAAUUAGCAAAGGCGAAACAGUGGACUAGAUGUCCUUAUUGCAGAUUUUUCGUCGAGAAAACUGAGGGAUGCCUGCAUAUGACUUGCAGGUGUGGAUCACAGUUUUGUUAUAAAUGUGGAAUAACUUGGAGAAACAAUCAUGCUUGUUAAUGCAG